AUGAGAUCUUUGAUCCCCAAAACCCUAAUCAGUUCCCACGUACUGGGAGUGGACAGGACUGGUCUUCUAGAGAAAGUAAAAUAUAGCCAAAAUCGUAAUGGAUUUUAUAGAGAAACUUCCAUGGGUAUUCAGAGAAGUUUAAGUGGGGCUUAUGGGCAGAGCUAUUACAUGGGUGAUCAUGGUUUACAUUGUCACAGCCAAUAUAACGUCAAUGGGUCAUAUAAUCAGAAGAGUACUGCAGCCAAUUUUCAAAUCUCAAAUAGGUGUUAUAGUGGCAUGGUAGAUUCUCAACAUGAAGCUGAUGAGGGAAAGGGAUUACUUGAGGAGCUUAAUGCUUUAUGCAAGGACAAGAAGUUAGAGGAAGCUGUUGAGGUUUUAGGUUUACUUGAGCUGAAGAAAGUAACAGUUGAAAUGCCUGGAUAUCUAUUAUUGAUGAAAGCAUGCGGAGAAUCUCAGGCACUUAAAGAAGCUAAAGCUGUCCAUAACCACCUCACAAUGUCAGGACAUCAUCAUGAUGUUCACAUUUGCAACAAAAUCUUGGAGAUGUAUUCGAAAUGUGGUUCCAUGGAAGACGCAUAUAACGUGUUUGAUAAAAUGCCCAAAAGAAAUCUUACCUCUUGGGACACCAUGAUAACAGGGUUUGCUAAAAACGGCCAUGGCGAAGACGCAAUCAAAAUGUUCACCGAAUUCAAAAAGGUCAGAUUAAAACCCGAUAAUCAAAUGUUUCAUGGUGUCUUUGCUGCAUGUAGUGUCGUAGGAGACAUGAAAGAAGGGUUAUUGCAGUUGGAAUCAAUGAUGAAGACAUACAAGCUUAUCCCAUCCAUGGAUGAUUAUGUCUGUGUAGUGGAUAUGCUCGGGAGUUCAGGGUACUUAAAUGAAGCAUUGGAAUUAAUAGAAAAGAUGCCGAUGAAGCCAAGUGCAGAAAUUUGGGAAAUUAUGAUGAAUCAAUCUAGGGUUCACGGGGAUUUAGAACUCGAAGACCGUUGUGCUGAGAUUGUUAACCUUCUAGACCCUUCUCGUUUAGAUAAACAACCAGAGAAAGACUUCAUACCAAUAAAACCUUCUAGACCCUUCUCGUUUAAAACCGAAACUUUUCUGUUUAGGGCCGGGGAUACAUCUCCCCCUGAUCAUGAGAAGUUAUACAGUCAACUUAGGUGUCUAAAACAACACAUGGUAGAAGUCGGAUAUGUGGCCCAGACUAGAUUGGUACUCCAUGAUGUGGAUCAUGAAAGUAGAGAAGAAGAUCUUUUAUCACAUAGUCGCAUGCUUGCUUUAUCUGAAGCACUUUUGACUAGUCCAGCACGUGCACCAAUAAGAAUAAUAAAUAACCAUCGUAUUUGUGCUGAUUGCCAUGAUGCGUUCAAGAUUAUUUCAAAGCUGGUUGGAAGAUCAAUCGUUGCACGUGAUGAAAGGAGGUUCCAUCAUUUUGAAAGUGGUGUUUGUUCUUGUAAAGAUUAUUGGUGA